AGAUGACUGACCGUGAUGCAUGGUGUUGCAGAUGCGGGCAGCACGCGAGUCAAGGCAAAGAACCCAGUUGUGGAGCUGGAUGGAGACGAGAUGACGAGGAUUAUCUGGGCCAAAAUAAAAGAGAGCUUGAUUUUUCCAUACGUCAAGAUCGAGUGCCUGUACUUUGACUUGGGUUUGCCACACAGAGAUGCCACAGAUGACCAGGUCACUAUAGACGCAGCCCAUGCGAUACUCAAGCAUGACGUAGGCAUCAAAUGUGCAACUAUUACCCCCGAUGAGGAACGAGUCAAAGAAUUCAAGUUGAAGAAGAUGUGGAAGAGUCCCAACGGCACAAUUCGUAACAUCCUGGACGGCACAGUGUUUCGAGAGCCGAUCAUUUGCAAGAACAUUCCCAAGAUAGUGCCUGGUUGGACGAAGCCGAUCGUGAUCGGCAGGCACGCUCACGGUGACCAGUACAAGGCACUCGACCUGGUGGUCGACCAGCCCGGCACGGUGGAGCUGGUGCUGAAGACCGGCAACUCCACCACGUCCCUGGGAGAAGUGUACACCUUCAAGGAGCCCGGGGUCGUCAUGGGCAUGUACAACACGCAGAAGUCCAUCCGCGCCUUCGCCCAGGCCAACUUCCAGGUAGCUCUGAAGAAAAAAUAUCCUCUAAUACUAUCAACUAAGAACACAAUUCUGAAGCAGUAUGAUGGGAUGUUUAAGGAUACGUUCCAAGAAAUUUAUGAAAAGGAAUACAAGAAGGACUUUGAAGCAAAUAACAUCUACUAUGAACACCGGCUUAUAGACGACAUGGUAGCACAAGUUCUUAAAUCUAACGGUGGCAUUGUGUGGGCAACAAAGAACUAUGAUGGAGAUGUUCAGUCUGACAUUGUAGCUCAAGGAUACGGCUCCCUUGGCAUGAUGACAUCGGUGCUGCUGACACCCAAUGGGAGGACAUUCGAAUCUGAAGCUGCUCACGGGACUGUCACAAGGCACUACAGACAACACCAGAAAGGAUUGCCAACAUCAACAAACCCUGUGGCAUCUAUAUUUGCGUGGACGCGUGGGUUGGAGCACAGGGCACAGUUGGACGACACUCCAGAUCUGGCAAAGUUCGCGCAGAGCCUGGAGGCAGCGUGUGUGGAGACCAUCGAGGGCGGGAAGAUGACCAAGGACCUGGCAGCGUGCAUCCACGGGCUGCCCAACGUCAAGGAGGGGAUGUACCUCAACACGCAGGACUUCCUCGACGCCAUCGCAGAGACGCUCAAGGCCAAGCUGCAACAAUGAGGUCGCCACUAGGACCGAGCAGCGUCCUCCACAUCGGUGUGCUGGACGGCUGCUCUAAUUUUUAAUUGCUAUUCAAAUUUUCCAACACGUGUGGGACCUGAUCAGUAUUUUUUUUUUACUUAAUGCUAUUGAAUUUCAAUACUCUGUCCCUUAAGAACAUUACCAAGAAGCAGUUGGCAGUUCUCAGUAAUAUAGUUAUGUAAUAUCAUCUAUAUUAAUUUUUUUUAUUUUAUUCACAAAAAAAUUUUUUGGAACCUUUUCUUUAUAUAUUUUUUCAAUGAAACUUACUCAAGUAUUGAAACUAAAGCUAAUUUAUUAAACCUUAAUGUACAAAAAUUUUAUUCUGGGGUAAAUUCAGUCCAGAAACCAGAAAACUAGGUAAAAAAAAUUGUCAUUAUUAAAGCAGUUCAUUUAUUUUAUUUUAUUUUUUGUAAAUUUUAGCUGUUUUACAUUAUUUUAUUACGUUCCAGUUUUACAUUUCCAUAAAUAUUUUUCUGUAUUAUAAGGUGGUGAUUCUCAAUUUUAAUGUUUCUGUAGCAAGAAACAUGCUAGAGUUAUGCUCAUAUGUCAUGGACAUUUUUUAAUAACUCACUGUGUGACCUGCCUUUUUUUAUAUGAAUCUUUAAAUUUUUAAACCUUGUACACAUCAGUAUUUUGCAUACUUGAAAAAUUGUGAAACUGAGAUUUUAUGUAACCUAUAAACUCGCAGUCUAUGUGAUGAAAUAAAAUCUAUGCCAUGCCCA